UCUGGGAAGCAUCUCUAUCGUCAAAUUCGUAUCUACCACUGUAUUAUCCACAGACGUCACUUCUAAUCCUCUCCACAUAUCAAGAUGUUCAGAACCGCCCUUCUCAGAUCAGCCCGCAGCGCUGCUAGCAAAGCUGUCCAAAGACCUGCAGCAAUUGCUCGUCCUAUCAACCAAAGUUCUUUCAUCACAAAAUCUCAAUUCGCCCCAUCAGCUUUCCAAGCUGCAAGAUGCUACUCCGCAGCCGCCGGUCUUAACAAGGGAGAAGUUGAGGGCAGAAUCCUUUCUUUACUGGGCAACUUCGACAAAGUUUCGGACCCAACGAAGCUUUCUGCAAGCGCACACUUCUCGAACGAUCUUGGGUUGGACAGCUUGGACACUGUAGAGGUUGUUAUGGCUAUUGAGGAGGAAUUCAGCAUUGAGAUCCCAGACAAGGAUGCGGAUUCUAUUCUCAGUGUUGACCAAGCCGUCGAGUAUAUUCUUCACCAACCAGAUGCUCAUUAGAUCAUGGAAUCGUAUAAUAUAGGGACGGUCAAGAUUGAAGUAAGGCAAUGGGGGAUUCAUGGGCCAGGAAUGAGAUACAAGUGGUGAACAGGCGGCGAUACAAGGGAGGGGAAACUUGUACGAGCUUCGAUGCGUUCAUAGAAGUGAUGUGAUUCUAUGCGCCUGUAAAAAUGUUUAGAUCAUCUUACUCAACAAACCUCUGUGUUCUCCUCUUAAAUUUAAAACAUGAAGAUACAUUAAGUUUGGAUAUGUUU